AUGGAAUUUAAAAAUGUAAAGCUCCAGUUUGCCUUUAAAGAUGAGUUCAAGGAAAACCCGAUAGACCUCAAGUUUGAGGAAGAUGAAGAAUACCACCGUCAAAAAGUUGAUAAAGUUUUUAAGCGAAGACAUACCGAGUAUAAUAGCUAUGAUGCCCCUAUCUUCGGAGAGAUUAUCAAGAAGGAAGAAACCGAAUUUGGGUAUAAUAAGUAUACAUCUGACGAGCAAGCGAAUAAACAGCUCAAAGAUGUUGAAAGAGGUCACCGCAUUGAAGAAUUCGCUGAGUUUUGAGGCCAAAUUGACCUACUCGAAGAAGAAAUCAAUAAAAAUAUUAAGAAUAAAAGUUUAGACUCCAAUUAUGACACUGAUACCCUGAGCAACGAAUUUUGGGAGGAUCUACAGACCAAAGAGGAUGAGUUCAUGAAAUAGCUACCCUUAUCCGGAGAUUAAGGUCAAACGGAUCUUAUAUGACUACAAUGCAUCGAAUAUUUCCAAGGUCCGAAAUGCUUACCAGACUUUGCUGAGGAACCAAGAGCUAAAUAUCUCCAAAUAAGGCAAGACAGUUCAUCAACAAGCAGGUCAUGCUGAUGAUUAGCCAAUUUGAGAAGGAAAUGAGCCUCAUUAGUCUGAAGUAUAACCAGCUAAGAGAAAUUACUAUUGCCAAAGAGAUCAUGAUUAGAGACCUUACUGAAAAAUAACAGUAUGAAGGAAGAAGAGCUCAAGCAAUUCAGGAAUUACUUUAAGCGUAAUAAGCAACGAAGGAAGGACGGGCUACAUCAGAAAGAGAUCAAAGGAGAAGCUCCUGAGAAUAUUGACUGUCUCAACCAAGAUGCCUUCUCGUUCUACAAUCUUGGAGUCAGCUUAGAUAUUAUGGAUAAACUCCAGAUUGGAAAAGAUUUCGUAGUGCAUCAGCUCAACAAAGAUCGCGCAUGAAUAAGCCAAGACAUUGAGAAGGUAAAGUCAGAAUCAAUGGCGGUCAAAGAGAUAUGACUAAAGUACCAAAAAGACGAAGAGCGAGCUAGGACUAAGCUUAAGAUAGUCACAGCCAUCAUGAAGUCAAACCAGGUCAAGAAAGAAGUAGUUGAAACCAAGGAUAUCAUCAUUAAAGACCUGAAGGAUAAAAUCAAAAUUGAUAAGAGAAGGUACCAAAAAGAAAUCAGCAGGCUUAACAAGAUCGCAGAAUGAGAAGGCCAGAUCUGGAAGAAGAUAGAGAAACAACUCAAAGGAGUCAUAACCAAGCUCAAGAAUGAGCUCAAAUAUGUCAAGAUGGUAUUGAGAUAUCCUAAGUUGUAUCAUCAAUAUAAAGAAAAGAAAUUUGACUUCAUUAGAGAAGGGCUGAUUGUUGAUGACAUAGAGUUUUUAAAGAAAGAAGCAAAAGGAAUUCUAAAACCAAAGGAAACAGAAGGACCAAAUAUGAAUCUUACUGGCAACAUUUCUCCAGAUAGACCAAUGAGUCCAAUGCAGUCUCAGAAGACGUUCUUCACUAGAAACAAGACUUCAUUGUCUUCAACAAAGAUCAAUUCUAUGGCACAAUUUCAGAGCCCCACUAUUGCAUCAAGGAAGUAUCGGUGCUUAAGUAGAUAAUUUCAAUCUUUGA